AGGAGCGGUCCCCGUUUCGUUUCCCCCUCCGCUUUUUGGCUUCGGUCGAUCCCACCAAAGAUUCGCAAAUCGACCCCCAUAAAGCCCCCCGUCCAAAUCCGAUCUCGGCGCCGUGUCCCACCUCCUCACCAUGCGCGGCGCCGUGUGCCCCCAAACCCUAGACGCGGCGAUCCCCCUCCCCCACCUCCUCUUCGCCCAGAAGCCCCCCACCACGUCGCCGCCGCACCCCGACGCCGGCGCCGGCGCCGGCGACGGCGCCGGCCGGGGGACGGGGCUGAGCCAGGAGGAGCAGAAGCGGAUCGCGGCGCACCGCGCGGUGGAGCAGGUGGAGUCGGGGAUGGUGGUGGGGCUGGGGACGGGCUCGACCGCGGCGCACGCGCUGGACCGGCUCGGCGAGCUCCUCCGCCGCGGCGCGCUCCGCGACGUGGUGGGCAUCCCCACCUCGCUCAAAACCGCCGCCCACGCCGCCGCCGUGGGGAUCCCCCUCUCCGACCUCGACUCCCACCCCCGCGUCGACCUCUCCAUCGACGGCGCCGACGAGGUCGACCCCUCCCUCAACCUCGUCAAGGGCCGCGGCGGCUCCCUCCUCCGCGAGAAGAUGAUCGAGGCCGCGAGCGACCGCUUCGUCGUCAUCGUCGACGACUCCAAGCUCGUCCCCCGCCUCGGCGCCAGCGCCCUCGCCGUCCCCGUCGAGGUCGUCCCCUUUUGCCACAACUACACUCUAACCCAACUUAAAACCCUCCUCAAUCAACAACCCCAUUUCUCCGGUGCCAAAUUGCGCACCGCCGCCGACGGCUCCCCCUUCCUUACCGACAAUUCUAACUAUAUCAUCGAUUUGUACUUCGAGGACGGGAUCACCGGCGAUUUGAAUGCGAUCAGCGACGGCAUUUUGAGGCUCACCGGUGUCGUCGAGCACGGGAUGUUCCUCGGCAUCGCCACCGAGGUGAUCGUCGCCAAUAAGGACGGCAGUGUCGUCGUGUUGAAUAAGUAGAUGAUGCGGAACUAAAUGCUUUGUUCGCGACGCAGUGGUGAAGUGGAAUUUUGUUGUAUCUUUCCAUUUUUUGCUGUUUUACCGAUUAUGAUCCGUAAUCUAAUAUACCGAGUUACUACUAUAAGAUGCUGAAUUGCUUGUUUUUUGGUGAGUUUGGUACAAAAUUUCAAGUUGCGAUUCGAAAUCAAAUAUGCUCUUGAAUUUUCCGCCAAUUAUCGAUGAUCAUCCAUAGUUUCUCAGUGUGAGGAUGGAUUAGUGCUGCUU